GCCUGUCAUUUGUGCUUGCGUCACACAGGUUCAGGUAAGGAAGUGGAACAGAGAAACGGCCGACAUACAAGAAAAGCAGCAAAAGUGUCGAGUUCCUCAUUUGAAAGCGUAAACAGAGAAACAUACGGAGUCAAUUUUCGACAAUUGACCAUCACCUCUACACACUUCACUACUUGUCCGGCCAUGGAGGACAAAACAGCCCAUCAAUGGACCAACAUCAGUCCUGUGAUUUCAGUGGCGCCCAACGAUACGCGCCGUCUUCUGGAAGUCUACGUCAAACGCAGCCUAAGCCUGAAUGAUGAGUCACUCAGCGUCAAGCAUCCCGAGCGCAAACUCAAAUGGGUGACCAUUCCUAAAAGGCAUCGGAGACAUUCCAGCGACCCUUCCUUUCACUUGGCCGAUGAUUUGAACGAUGGUACUUUCCGGUCGCUCGCUCCCGCCGAAACUCCCCCAGCAAUAGUGUCAGAGGGCAAGGUCAGCAAGAAGUCCCAGAAGAACAAAAAGCCCUCCUUGUGGAAGAGCUUCCUGGGUUUAUUCUCACGGAAGAGCACUGUGGAGAGAGCCGAGGACCAGGGGUGUCCAUCGGGCAUUCCAGAGGGGUCCGACGAUGACUCGGACUACACCUCCGUGUGCUUGCCCGCCUCGACUACGGCCUCCUCGACAAAGAAGAAGUCCUCAAAGAGAAAGAGUUUGAAAAGAAGGUUCUCCAAGAGGCGCCUCUCCCUUAUUAUGAACAACAAGAAAGAGGAGUUCAACCCUGCAGACACCAGCAGAGCUGUGGUGAGCGUGGAACCGACCAUCUCCUACUAUGAGAAGGUGUCUGAGGAACUGGAUAAGAUUCUCCACGAGGUCAAGGAAAAAGAUGAGCUGGACACUAUGUCAGAUGAGGAAGUCAUCAACCGGAUCAUUGCUUUGACAAAGGAGCAGGGAGACGCUAUCGACGGCAAGAUUAAAGACAACUCCACCCUGAGUAACUUCUUCAAGAGGAUGUCAUAUUCGUCCUUCCAGAGGCUGGCCGAUGCAUAUUUGGAGAAGGAGGCCUCACCCACGCGCACACAGCCCACUGUCCUACCCACGGCACCGGAGCUGGUCAAGCUGGCCUUUAUGUUGGACUUCACGGCUCGUAUCGCCGGCCUCUCCCGCCAAAACGUUGGGCACAUCACUGGCUUGGGCAACCGCUACCUGCAAGACCGAUUUGAAUAUAAACAAGCAUGUUUGGACCAGCACUGAUGACAGAGGUGGUGACUAUGCAGAUGGUGGAAACAUUUCCAGCAGUUCAAUUAAGCUGAGGAUGUGGUGCAAGUUUCCAACAUGAUUUUUGUUUUUGUUUUUUUCAUUUGUGUUUAAUUAUGCCGGAAGAGCAUAAUUUGCUGACACGGAAGCUUUGAGGACAUUCCAAAGUGAACUUCACCCUAUUGGUUGGCUCUAAUAUUGGAGUGGAGUGGUGCUGCAGGGCUCUUGUGACACAAACGUGAUGUUAUUUUAUUUUUUGUGCCACAAUUGGAAUGGGAAGGUAUAAAUGGAAAAGAAAAAAGCAAAAUCACAGACAAUUAAGUCUGGUCGAAAAAUGCUGCAUCAGAGGUCUUUAAAUCGUGAGAUAAGCUAAAUAUUUGUGGCCAUUGGCCAUUGGAGUACAGAAUCUAUAGACCCUCAUUUCAGUCUAAGACAACUAAAUGCUAUGCAAUUAUUAAAUACUUGUAGUGUUUAUGUGUUAUUGUUUAAAUUUUGCAACUGACAUAAGAAGUGGUACACACACUAAAUUUGCUUUCGUGGGCCAGAAAAGAAUGAUGCAGGGGAACGUAACUAGCCCGUGGGCCUCGAGUUCGAGAUUGCAACCUGAGCUACAGUUAAAACAAUAUAUACGCAGUCUAUGUGUUAGAAAUGUGAUGCUUUAUUGAUUUUGUUGAGAAACAACCCUGUGCAAUAUUGUUUACAAUUCCACAAUUUCACAACUAAGAAAGUGUUAUAUGUUUGUGUUAGUCUUAUUUAUCAGAAGCUGGAAUCAAAUGAGAGAUAGUUUGUUUUUAAUGUGAAUGCUGGCAUUCAUUUUGCAAAUAUAUAUAUAUAUUUUUAAA